CAAAUUCACAACUUUUUCUUUGCUAUAUUUUUUUGCUUCUGUUUUUCUUAGUAUACAAGUCAGAAAUCUCCUAUAUGAUCGUAUUAUUUUUUCUGGCGACUUCUAUUAGAACUUUUGUUCAUAUAUUUUCUUUUUGUCUCAAAGAGAUGAAUCAUUUCUGUUCCCCACUUGGAAACGGACGAUUUAUAUUAUUUCAGAUUCUUCUACUUCUUCCUCCUCCUUGAUCUCUGAUCUCCCAAGAAAAUUCAUCAUGUAAAUUCAUAUUCAAACUUUUUUCUUCUUUACUUGCAUGUUUAUCAGUUUAUGCAACUUGAUGAGUAUGAUUUUAGGGUUUGUGGUUUUGUUUGAGAUUAGGGGUGAAGAUGAUAUAGUGGAGCUCUUAUGGAAGAGCGGUCAAGUCGUUCCAAGCAGCCAUCAGACACAGAGACCCUCCUCCGGUCCUCUACCCAUUCUCCGCGGCAGCGGAAGCGGAGAAGGAAAUGCUCCUCUACCGCAGCCUACACCUCCCCUGCAUCAUCAUCUCUUCAACCAAGAAGACGAAAUGGCUUCUUGGCUUCACCAUCCUAAUCGCCAAGAUUAUUUCUACUCUGGCGUCACCUCGACUCCGGCUACUCUCCCCCAAAGAAGUUCGGCCUCCAUGGCACCACCAGGUCCACCACCACCUAGUUCUCAGUACAUUAUGAUGCCGGAGAGACCCACCCGUCAAGUUUUGGCUGCGAGAAGGGCGGACAAUUUUAUGAACUUCUCGAGUUUAAGAGGGAACAUAUUUACCGGCGGUAGAGAUGAAGCUGGACCGUCCAUGCAGAUGAGCUCGAGUGCGACCCCGUCGUCUUUUGCAAUUGGAUCAUGUGUAAUACCAGCGACGACUGAGGGCACCAAGAGUCGAGUAUCGCCUACUUUUACCGUUCCUAGUCGUCGGAACGAAACGGUGGCUAUUGAGACAACGGUUUGUGAGAUCGCCGAAACAAAGCCGAUUCAUAUACAACCAGCUACAGAUAUUGCCGAAGACAGGAAGCAAAAGGAAAGAGAAGAAACCAAUGCCGAAAUGCAGGUGAGUCAUAGGCUCAUAGCUCUAUUAAUAGGCGCACUCAUGACUCAUGUAUAUGAUAAUGAUCCUUUAGUCUUUGUCAUGUCGCCGCGUGAAACUCCAGAAGCUCGUGGUUCAAAUUCUAGGAAGAGGUCACGAGCUGCAGAAAUGCAUAACCUUUCCGAAAGGAGACGGAGAGAAAAAAUUAACGAGAAGCUGAAGACUCUGCAAGAACUCAUUCCUGGAUGCAGCAAGAAGGAUAAAGCUUCAACGCUGGAUAGUGUUAUCGAGUACGUGAAAUCGGUCCAGAUGAAAGAGCAGAUGAAGUCGAUGGGACAAGGUAUGGUGCCAUCAACGAUGUCUGCGGAGAAUACGCCUCAGUUAAUGCCCCACAUGAGGAUGAUGGAUAUGAACCGGCCUCCUCCAUUAAUACCUUUCUCCGGCACACCUUUUCCUAGGCCGCCUCCUAUUGCGGGUGUAGGUUCAUCAUGCCCAGCACCACGCUACCCUAAUGAUCCAUCUAGAGUCCACUUACAAAGUCCUCAGCCUAACCCGGUGUCGAACCAGCCUCAGUUUCCGACUUACAUGAAUCCCUAUAGCCAGUUUGUUGGUUUCCACCAGAUGCAACAACCUCCUUCUUCAUUGCAUGUAAUUUUUUCCUAGUAUUCAUUGUGC